CCAAAUCUCCAGCAGCAAUAAUAGUCAACCAACCGCAACCGCAACGAGAGUUCCGAAAUAGUACCACAAAUACGCAGUUUUAAUUAUUUAAAUUGUGAACGUCACUUAAGUUGUGAAUUGUAAUUCGUUGUGAUAAUAAAUAUUAUAAGUGUACACUUAAUAGAAUUCGGCAAUCUCACCAAUUUUUAAAUAUUUAAUACGACAAUGUCCACGCUUCCGGCGAACAGUACAUUCCUCCCCGUUCUGGAUGACCUUCUCAGCCCAGACUUUCGAACAGUUAGCCUUCCUGGACAAACUCCCCAAACUCCAGCAGAAACUCCAGUGUCUGCCACGAAAGUGACCACUUUUGUAGAGAGUCAUACAGGACAGCUCACCUCCAAAGCGUCGAAUUAUCCAGGAGUGGUUAAAGAUCAAAAUGCCAGCAAUUCUAGACCCUCGACGAGUAGUUGUGACCCUAUGACCACAUCAAUCUAUGUUCAGCAACAUCAUACCGUGAAUGGAGUCGGGGUUAAGAAACAGACGGGACACCAGCGACACAAAUCGCAUGAUAACCAGCAAAAUGCAGCAGUUGCAAUUCAGAAGUGGUGGAAAGUAAGGAAGGGGAGGAGGCGACAUACGAGUGCCGGAGAGGGGACAGUGGAUCUCAAAGCGGAACGAGCUAAACAUUCCAUACGACAUAACAGAACUGAGGAGCAUGUUCGAUAUCUGGAGAUGGAGGUCCAACGCUUAAAAUCCGCUCUGGUAGCUGAAAGAAAAUUGCGAGGCUUACAAGUUGAAGCGAUUCGAUCUCUGUGGGGGGAAGUACAAAAGGUGUCCGCAAUUUCUGGUUCGCCUGGCGCCGGAGACGUGAUGACCCAAUCGAUGCCAAACGGAUUGCCCUUAGGAUAUAAAAAACAGCAAGGUGGUGGUUGUAUGACCAUGUCCCUCCAAGGAAACUUCCUGGACAACCUUCAAUUCCAAAGCCAGAAUGAACUGUCGUCCUGCUCUUGCACGAAAGAAAUAAAAAAUCUGAAACAAAGUUUUACCACCGAAAUGGCACAACUUCGCGGAAUGAUUGAUCAACUUAGAGUUGAGGGAGGAAGUAACAGUAGCAUUAAUGAAGAUCCCAAAGCUUCUCUCCAAAAGAGGCCUUUAACGUUAAACCUGGGUGGAAAUGGGGGUGGAGGCCGUCCAAAUGAAGUUGUGGAAGAAAAGAAAGAAAUUAGCGGAUAUGCGGAUCUUAUGGCGACCAGUAUCAUCGAAGAUGCGAAAGAAUAAAAAAUAGAAGCGACCAACAUCUGGCAUACUAAAGUGUGAUGCAUUGUUUUUGGUUUCAUUUCAACUCAAAAUUGCAAAGUGCAUAUAUUCCGAAAUAGUCAAGCAUUCGUCUCCGUGUUAAAGGAGGCAUUGUUAAUUGAUUGCUUUUAUGUAAUACGACGCUAAACGGUGUAAUAGCCAAAUUACUUUGUAAUUGUAAUUGCAGAGUGUAGUUAAAUACAGCACUGCUAACAGAUUAUAAUAGUGUGUACUAAAUUAAGUAUUAUGUACCGCUAGCCAGUACUACACAUAUAGCCUUUUCAAUUAUAGUGCCACCAGACACAGUGCAUUCGUAUAUAAGGCUAGAUUGAAAGUUAGGCCAACGUACAUGUAUAACAGAAAUAGACUUGCAAAAGUUGAAUAGUAAAAGUUAUUUGCAGUGCAAUUCUGAUGGCGAGGAGAACUCAUAAAACUUAAUUAUUGAAUCCUAACUUUGUUUGUUAAUUUAAAACGCUUCUUAACUACAGUGAACAAGAAUCUGUCAAUUAUUACAAUUAUUCAUUUUUUUACACGUAUUUUUUUACUUUAUUUUUUGUCAAAAAUAUCCAAAUCGGAGGAGUCACAGCUAAACUAAAUCUUUCAUGAAUGACCACAUGAUAACAAACAGAACUCGAGUUUAUCCUAAUUUUUCAGCAACAAUAUCCGACCGAAUAUAUAAUUAUAAAUAAUUGCUAUUCCUGCUGCUCAUGCGCUACAUAAUAAAACUUUAUAAAUAUAACUUUAAAUGGA